UAGUGUACCUAUCAAUUUCAACAUUAUAGUAGCUGAAUUUUGUAGAAUGACCCCAUCCAACGAUUUUCAGGUAAAUUCCAAUACACAAUUCGAGAAAGAAACCUUACUUUCGAAGUAUAAAAUUCCUAUCCAACACUUCGAAUAUGAUUUUAUAGAAAAAUGCAAUGAUGGAAAAGAAUUAGAGAAGAUACUUUUGGUUCUUCGAUCAGGUGAAGAAGGGCAUUAUCCAGAUCUGAUCAAUACCACAGAAAGGCGCUUAUCUACAGUGAAACCGAAAAGUAAAUUGUUGAAAAAAGUAGUGCGGGUUCUUGAAAAACAAGAUCUGAGAAAAGAUGAACUUGAAGAAAUAUCUGAGGACUUGAAUGAGUUUGUGCUGCAGGUUUCAAAGACUGACAGAGAACUUGAGAGCAGAAAAAGUAACAAAAGUUACCAUGAAGUAGAUGUAAGAUGUUUCAAGGAGUUCAAAAAUGCUGAUGAAUCCAGCAAAGUAUCACAAAAAAGGAUUGCUUCUACGGAUUACGGAGCUUGGGAUAAGUACGAUCCAGAUACAGAGCUAUUAAAAAUGGAGUUGGAAGAAGAAAAAAAUAGAAAGUCGGUAUCGAAGCCAAAAGAUCAGGUCAAACCUAAGAAGACUGUUACUUUCAACUAUUUUACUACCGAAGCUGAAGCCAUUUUCUAUUCGAACAGAGAGAAGGAGAAAGGUAACGAGUUUUUCAAAACUGGUGAUUAUGUCGAUGCUCUACAGUGUUAUACCAACAGCAUAAAAAUCAAGGCUAACGUGAACAAUCUUAACAACAGAGCUGCAACUUUCUUGAAACUUAAGAAAUACCAAGAAGCUCUGGAAGACUGUGAGAGAGUGCUGAAUUUGGAAAAAAACAAUUUGAAGGCACGUUUGAGGAAAGCUGAGGCACUCGAGAAGCUACAAAGGUUCGAAGAAGCCCUGGAAAGUGUGGAGUUUGUUAUACGAAAAGAUCCUAAUAACUGCACAGCGCAAGAGCUGUCCAGUAGAAUGAGAGAACGGUAUGGUAGUGAAUUGAAAAACACUAGGUUGAAAAUAACGGAGAUAGAAUAGUUCAUCUUCACUUUCUAUGUGAAUAAUUAUAAUAUUAUAUAUUAUGUGAAUAUUACUUUGAAUUCUUCUAUAUGACGUAAUAAAAAAAACAAACUGUGUUA